AUGAAGUUCCUCUCUGUCGUCGCCGCUGCUCUUGCCGUGGUCGCCACCACCGUCUCCGCCGAUCCCAGCGUCGAGGCUCUCAACCUUCCCGCCAUGUCCAAGCACCCCCUCUCCAUGCAGCGACGUGAAGCCAUCCUCAACAACCGUCGCGCUGGCAUGGUCACCAAGCGUCACUCGAAGGGAUCCAAGCGCUCCUGCAAGGCAAAGACUGCUAAUGCUGCUUCCGGCAAAUCUGGGCAGGCCGUCGUCGGAUCCGCAAAGCAGAACGCUCAGCAGUCUCAGGUCAACACCCAGUCCCACACUCAGGCUCACGCUCAGGCUCAAGCUCAGUCCCAGUCUGACAGCCAGUCUAGCUCCAGCUCCAGCGCCAAGGCCAACGCUAGCUCCAACUCCAACUCCAGCUCGGACAGCAGCGCCAAGGCCAGCUCGCAAUCUUCUGCCUCCAGCAAGAGCGAUGCCAAGUCCGACUCGUCGGCUUCGUCCUCAUCCUCAUCCUCCUCUUCAUCCUCGUCGUCGGCUUCGGGCGCCGGUCUCUUUGGCUUCAGCUCUGGCAGCUGUGGCUCGAGCGGUGCGAACGACCAGCAGCCCAACGGCUCUCAAAACUUCCUCAACUGCGGUCUCACCUCGGGCGGAUGGAACCCUCCCAAGCUGAACCUCGACCAGCUCAAGAUCCUUUCGGGUACUCAAGCUGCCGACUCGCCUGUCUUUGCUCCUUGCAAGAACCUGCUCUGGGCCUUCCAAGCCGCCGAGAAGGCUCACGGUGUCCCGGCCACCGUCCUCAUGUCGUUCGCCAUGCAGGAAUCCACCUGCAACCCUGACGUCACCGGCGGCAACGGCGAGCAGGGUCUCAUGCAGAUCACUCCUGACAAGUGCGGCGGUGCUCCCGGCGGAAACUGCAAGGAUCCCUGGUUCAACGUCGAUGCCGGCGCAAAGUACUUCAAGAACACCUUGGACUCGUGCGGCGGCAACCUCCUCCAGGCUAUGGGUCAGUACAACGGCUGGACGAUCGGCCUCACCGUCCAGAAGGCCACCGCUGCCCGAUGGCAGGGCAACUGCUACGCGCAGAACAACCUCGACUACCUCUACCAGAUGCUCAACGGCUGGUUCCUCGGCAAGGAGAACACGUACAGCAUGGGCACCUACAAGAACCUCGCCGCUUGCAAAUGA